AUGGCGGUGCGUGGGGCCCCGGGCCCCGGCUGGGGGCUGCUGCUGGCGUUGGCACUAGCGCUGGCCUGGCUGCCGCGGGCGCGGGGCGUCGAGGAGGAGGCCGGCGCGCACGGCUCCAUCGAGGGCUUCCAGGUGGUCACCUUCAAGUGGCACCACGUCCAGGAUCCCUACAUUAUAGCACUGUGGAUCCUCGUGGCCAGCCUGGCCAAGAUCGUGUUCCACCUGUCCCACAAAGUCACCAGCGUGGUCCCUGAGAGCGCACUGCUGAUCGUGCUGGGCCUGGUGCUGGGCGGCAUCGUCUGGGCAGCUGACCACAUCGCCUCCUUCACGCUCACGCCCACUGUCUUCUUCUUCUACCUGCUACCACCCAUCGUGCUGGAUGCUGGCUACUUCAUGCCCAACCGUCUCUUCUUCGGCAACCUGGGCACCAUCCUGCUCUAUGCUGUCAUAGGCACCGUGUGGAACGCUGCCACCACGGGUCUGUCCCUCUACGGGGUCUUCCUCAGCGGGCUGAUGGGGGACCUGAAGAUCGGCCUGCUGGACUUCCUGCUGUUUGGCAGUCUGAUUGCAGCUGUGGACCCAGUGGCUGUACUGGCUGUGUUUGAGGAGGUGCAUGUCAAUGAGGUUCUGUUCAUCAUCGUGUUUGGGGAGUCCUUGCUGAAUGACGCUGUCACCGUGGUCCUGUACAAUGUGUUUGAAUCGUUCGUGACACUGGGCAGUGACAAGGUGACCAGCGUGGACUGUGUGAAGGGCCUCGUGUCCUUCUUCGUGGUCAGCCUGGGGGGCACACUGGUGGGGAUCGUCUUCGCCUUCCUGCUCUCACUGGUGACACGAUUCACCAAGCAUGUCCGCAUCAUCGAGCCUGGCUUCGUGUUUGUCAUCUCCUACCUGUCCUACCUCACCUCCGAGAUGCUAUCCCUGUCGGCCAUCCUUGCGAUCACUUUCUGUGGCAUCUGCUGCCAGAAGUAUGUGAAGGCCAACAUCUCCGAGCAGUCGGCUACUACAGUGCGCUACACCAUGAAGAUGCUGGCCAGCGGGGCUGAGACCAUCAUCUUCAUGUUUCUGGGCAUCUCGGCUGUGGACCCCCUCAUCUGGACCUGGAACACGGCCUUUGUACUCCUGACGCUGGUCUUCAUCUCGGUGUAUCGUGCCAUUGGUGUAGUCCUCCAGACCUGGGUGCUGAACCGCUACCGGAUGGUGCAGCUGGAGAUCAUCGACCAGGUGGUCAUGUCCUACGGUGGCCUGCGUGGGGCUGUGGCCUAUGCCCUGGUGGUCCUCCUGGACGAGAACAAGGUCAAGGAGAAGAAUCUCUUCGUCAGCACCACCAUCAUCGUGGUCUUCUUCACCGUCAUCUUCCAGGGCCUGACCAUCAAGCCCCUGGUGCAGUGGUUGAAGGUGAAGAGAAGUGAACACAGGGAACCCAAACUCAACGAGAAGCUGCAUGGCCGGGCCUUUGACCACAUUCUAUCAGCCAUUGAGGACAUCUCAGGCCAGAUAGGACACAAUUACCUCAGAGACAAGUGGUCCAACUUCGACAGGAAAUUCCUCAGCAAAGUCCUCAUGAGACGCUCAGCCCAGAAGUCCAGAGAUAGGAUCCUGAAUGUUUUCCACGAACUCAACUUGAAAGAUGCCAUCAGCUACGUGGCUGAGGGCGAACGUCGGGGGUCCCUAGCCUUCAUCCGCUCACCGAGCACAGACAACAUGGUUAAUGUGGACUUCAGCACGCCACGGCCAUCCACCGUGGAGGCCUCUGUUUCCUACCUUCUGCGAGAGAACGUCAGCGCCGUCUGUCUGGACAUGCAGUCGCUGGAGCAGCGGCGGAGGAGCAUUCGCGACACAGAGGACAUGGUGACCCACCACACGCUGCAGCAGUACCUGUACAAGCCACGGCAGGAAUACAAGCACUUGUACAGCCGCCAUGAGCUCUCACCGAAUGAGGACGAGAAACAGGACAAGGAGAUCUUCCACCGGACCAUGCGGAAACGCCUGGAGUCCUUCAAGUCCACCAAGCUGGGCAUCUGUCAGAACAAGAAGGCUGCCAAGCUGUACAAGCGGGAGCGCGCGCAGAAGAGGAGGAACAGCAGUAUCCCCAAUGGGAAGCUGCCCAUGGAGACCCCGCUGCACAACCUCCCCAUCAAGGAGCGAGAUCUGGAGCUCUCAGACCCUGAGGACACCCACCCUUACGAGGCUGAAGACAUGAGUGGAGGCAUCGAGUUCCUGGCCAACGUCACCAAAGACAGCACGACAGACUCCACAGCAGGAAUUGACAACCCCGUGUUCUCCCCGGAUGAGGACCCAGGCAUCCUAGCCAGGGUGCCGCCGUGGUUGUCUCCCGAGGAGACAGUGGUGCCCUCCCAGCGGGCCCGGGUGCAGAUUCCCUGCUCGCCCGACAACUUCCGCAGACUGACGCCCAUCCGGCUUAGCACCAAGUCGGCGGACUCCUUCCUGCUGGCGGACGGGGACCCAGAGGAGGCUCCGCGGCCCGGGCUGCCUGAGUCCACGCACAUGUAA